CCAUUACACAUACUAAUGGUGCCGUUGAGCGCCGUCGGCCACAUAAACGCCUGUAUCGGGUUAGCCCAACCGUUGUUGGCAGCUGGUCAUCGGGUAUCCAUGACGUUGACUGAUAGUUGGCGCGGCAAACUAACAAAGUACGGCAUCGAGGAAGUGAUAAUCAAAGCCUUUGGUCAACCGUUGGACAAUUCGGCUGUCGGUGCUGAUGUCCAUGGCAGUGGUAAACAAUCGGUAACCGAUGGCAUCAAACAUCUGUUAGAGGACGGUAGUGUUGCCGAUCUGACACCGUUGGAAAAGGCCAGCCGAUUUGGACCGAAAGUACGCCGAUGGAUGGAAAGGACUGUCCAAUUGGACAUUGAGUUGGACAGAGUAAUACCGGAGCUGAAACCAGAUUGUCUGAUUCUCGAUCAGUUGACUCAUAUAACGGCUGCCGAGCGGUCAGGUUUGCCGUAUGUAUUAUCAUGGAGUCCGGGGCCGCUGCUAAUAACCAGCGGAAGUGAUGAACGAUUGCCUCCCUGUGCUUCAGGACUGUCGGCUUAUGGCGAUCCAAACGAGUGGAAACAAUACCGACAGGUUUUUGGUUCAGCCAUUCACGACGUCUGGCAAGAGUUUAACUCAUAUGUUAUCUCUCGAGGCUGUCGACCUCUGGCCACCAAUUGUCUGACUAAACCAGACAAUUGUCUGAAUCUAUACGGCUAUCCACUAGAGUUAGACUAUCAGGACGUACGACCAUUGCCUGGAAAUUUCUAUCGUUUUGAUAAUCUUAUGCGUCGUCAGGAAAUCCUUGACAACAACAAUCCGGCGGUGUUUGACAUACCGGAGCCGUUACGGCGGCAAAAACUGGGAAAACUAGUCUACUUUUCGAUGGGUACACUCGGAUCGGUAGAUGUGGUUAAUAUGAAACGAUUGGUCAAUAUAUUAGCUAAAUCGCCGAACAGGUUUAUCGUAUCGAUGGGACCCAAACACUACGAGUACUCACCACUGCCGGCCGCAAACAUGUGGGGUCAGUCAUCGGUACCGCAAACUCAGGUAUUGCCACUGGUCGAUCUGGUCAUUACUCACGGCGGUUCAAAUACGGUUACCGAAACUAUGGUCUACGGCAAACCCAUGAUAGUGUUGCCAUUGUUUGGCGACCAAUGGGACAAUGCUCGCCGGCUGGACGAUCUUGGCUUCGGUAUUCAAUUGGAUGCCUAUCGGUGUACCGAAUCGGAGCUAUUAGCGGCAGUGGACCGGCUGACUGCUGAUACCGAGUUGGCCAAAAAAUUGAGCCAAAUUGCCGAACGUAUUCAAUCCGAAAAUAGUUUAACAAAAUUGCCGCAAAUUUUAGUCGAUUAUGUCAAUGGAUAUCGAAAAUUAUAA